UCUUCAUUCCAUUCUUUAGGGUCCCGAACAAUACCAAUCCAUAACAACAACUUUUUUCAUAUAAUAGCAGAGACAUUGCACGUAAAAAACAAAUGUGCUAUGAACUCGUUCUCAUGCUCACAAAGUAGACAAGCUUGAUUAGUCACAACACCCCAUUUAAACAACCUGUUUCUCGUUGGUAACCUGCCUAGAAUAGCAUGUCUUAGUAUGAAAAUCCACCUUGGUAGCCCUAUAUUAUUACAUACAAGCUUCCUCCAAUGCACUUUUGGAAAUUGCCCUCUGAGCUUGAUAUAAAGUUGCUUUGUAGAAAAUGUUUUCAUAUCUGCCACAUCAUUAAAAUCCAUACCUACUUUUUGGAAGUAUUUGGUAGCCUGAAGGAUUUUUUGAAUGACCCAAGAGGCCUACUUAGGCACAUCCACAAGUAGAUUUUUAUUCCUCCCAUAGUAACAGUGUACCCAUUGCACCCAUAGCUUAUCCUUCUUAAUUAGCGCACACAUUCCAUAGCAGCUUUCUGAUGGCAGCUUUAUUCCAAAUUGCCACAUCAAGUAUGUUCAAACCUCUAGCCACCUUAGGAUAGCAAACUUUAUCCUAAGCAAGUAGAGCUUUCUUUGAUAAUGUUGCACCUCCUUUCCACAAAAAGGUUCUGCAAGUAGCCUCAAUAACUUCAACGACCUUUUUGGGUAAUACAAAAAUUUGUGCCCAAAAAACCUGAAUGGAAAAUAAAAUGGACUUAACCAAUUGUGUACCCUACCAGCAUAAGAGACGUGUUUAGUGGUCCGUGAUUUUAUUCUUCCCAGCAUCCUAUCCAGUAGAGGUUGACAUUGCACAAUAGAGACCCUCUUGGUACUCAGGGAAACCCCAAGGUAUCUAAAUGGUACUCCUUUGGUGAAUCCUAGAAUAUCUUGAAUUCCUUGUUGAACUUCAUUUGACACUCCUCCACAAUAGAAAGAACUUUUGUUUGGGUUAGCAACCAAUCCCGAACAUUUAGAGAAGCACUGAAAUCUAUCAAAUAGCACUUGGACAGAUUUGGCAUCUCCUCUACAAAAAAGAAGCAAGUCAUCUGCAAAUCCUAAUUGUAUGAGGUUCACUUUACUACCUCGUGGAUGAAAUUUGAAUUGGGGUUCUUGUCUUAGAAGCUUCAACAUCCUACUUAAGUAUUCCAUCACAAUCACGAAUAGAAAAGGGGAGAGAGGGUCUCCCCAUCGGAGACCUUUCUUUGCUUCAAACGGUUUAGCAGGCUGUCCAUUAAUAAUGAUGGAGUAUGAGACUGUCAUGACACACACCAUGAUCCAUUGCACCACCUCGCUAGGAAAGUUUAGACCUACUAACACUUGUUCUAAAAAAGGCCAUUCCACUGAGUCAUAGGCCUUUGGCAUAUCAACUUUAAGCAUGCAUCUUGGAGAUAUACCUUUCCUUCCAUAUCCUUUGACUAAUUCAUGGCUCAACAAGAUAUUAUCAGUAAUAAUUCUGCUUGGGACAAAAGCUGCUUGGCUACCAUCAAUAAUGCUAUCCAUAAUUGGCUGCAAUCUUCUAGUGAGCACUUCGGAAAUCAACUUAUAAAGCAUGGUGCAACAAGAAAUCGGCCUAAAUUCCUUAACUGAGAAAGCAUUCUGAACUUUAGGGAUCAAAGUUACUGUUGUGCAAUUUAUUGCUUUGUACACCUUCUUAGAUUGGAAGAAAUGAAUUACAGCAUCUGUCAUCUCAUCUCCUAUAAUAGGCCAGGCCUUUUUGAAGAAAAAAGCAUUAAAACCAUCACAUCUUGGGGCUUUUUGAUCAUCAAUAGUCCUCGGCUCUUGGUAUACCUCCUCUCUGGUGACUGGUUUUUUGAGGUAUAGUUGUUGUUCCCUAUUCAGUAUAGAUCCAUUGGAUAAAACAUUAGGUUGAAGUGCGGGGAGUUCACUUGCACUGGUCCCCAACAGCUGCUUACAGAAACUAUUUACCUCUGCUUCUAUGCCCUCAGUAGUAUGCAAUAGUGCACCAUUAGAAGAGACCAAGGACCUGAUAUGAUUUUGGCUGACUCUAUUUUUCAUAGUGGCGUGGAAGAAAGCUGAAUUCGUAUCCCCCAAUCCAACCAUUGUAUUCUAGACUUCUGCCUGAGAAUACUUUCCUCCACCAGUAUCCAUUUCUCCGAGUUUAGUUUUAUCUCCUUUUCUUUGUCAUAUACUUGUUGAUCAGUGAGGGAAGUGAGGGAGGUUCUGAGUAGUAUCUGGACAUCUUCAAGUUGUUUCCUGAAUGAUUGAACUUUAGUUUCAGCAUUAGAAAACUCUCUCGAAUUCAAUUCUUUCAUGGCUCCUUUCAUCAGCUUAAGCUUCUUCCAAAUCUUCUCCAUGGGACAACGUUGAACUUUUUUUUUGAGGACCAUAUAGCAACCACAAUGUGUUGAAACUCAGCAUGGCUUGCAAGAUGGUUCAAGAACUUAAAGGCUUUGCAUAUCUAGUCUGUACCUCUUCCACAAAGUAAAGAAUGAUCAGAGAAAUGAGGGUCUUUUAUUUCCAUCUCUAAAUGAGGCCAUUUGCUCAUCCAAGCUCCAUUAACUAAAGCCCUGUCAAUUUUACUGUGGACAUGAGAAUCAGUCCAAGUAAAAAAUCUCCCUAUAGUCUUGAGUUCAUAUAAACCGGCGUUUGUCAUCAGAAUCUCAAAUUCCCUAAUUUCUGCAUCCAUGACUGUAGUAUUCCUAUCCUCACCCCUGAGAAUAGCAUUGAAAUCACCCAUUAAGAGCCAAGGGUUGUGAACACUAGACCGACUACUAGUCUAGAGAGUGUCCUUGGCAUGAGAUUUCCAAUCAUUCAGCUCAUUCACAUCAGCCUCGUGAUGUUGUGGCAUCCUCAGUUAGAGGUAGUGUGCGUGGCACCUCAAUUGAUGAUUCAGUCGUUCGGUCCGAGUUGGACCCGUUCAGAUUUAUUUUCCUCCAUGCCCGUCGGGCAUGUGACUGCGGAUGUCACCACGAUUGACUAUUAGUUCAUCAGAAUCGAAGAAGGAUGAGCUGUUUCCGGCUGAUGUCAAGGCUCAAUUGAAGAACAAGAAGAAUACAACUUACAUUAAGUGUUCCACAACCAUCACACUUGUUCCAUGGAUGAAGUCAAUUUUAAGCUUCACAGUUCCUGACCAAAAGUCUGGAAAGGUGGAACAUCAAUUUUUACAUGACUAUGUUGGGAUAAGCACUAGUGCUGGAUUGACAGAAAACCCCAUUGUUAACUUAUCUGGUGUUGUGGGAACUAAGGGUCUUUCUCUUGGAACUGAUGUGUCCCUUGACACCACGUUGCGAACAUUCUCUAAGUUCAAUGUUGGCCUGAGUUUCACAGACGAUGGGGUUGUUACUUCUUACAAUCUGAAUAACAAGGGAGACACUCUCAGUACAUCAUACUACCGUUCACUCGGCCGUGUGAAUGAUACUGCUUUUGGCUUGGACGCGACCCGUACCUUCUCCACCAAUGAGCACACAUUUACUAUUGGCACUAAGCAUCAGCUGGAUGAGGUGGCCACUGUGAAGGCCAGAGUAAACAAUGUUGGCAAGGCAACUUCACUGCUCCAAUACGAGUGGCAUCCAAAUUCUGUUUUUACUCUUUCUGGUGAAGUUGACACCAAAGCCCUUAACAAAGGGGUAAAGUUUGGAUGGGCUGUUAAGAUGAUGGGUUAGGAGAUAUGUGUCACUAGUGUUUGGACUGUAAAGAUAACUACGUGGUUGCUAGAACCACUCGUCUUCUUUUGCUAAGUCCAUACAUUCUUAUUCACCCUCUUGCGUAACUGGUAAUGGGUUGUACAUCUUUUGACAUUUCACUUUGAGGUUACUCGUAUUUAAGUUAGGAGAUUAUUGCUGGUAUGGCGCCAUCUCUCUUGCUAUUAAGCAGUGUUGGGAAUAUUAUUUCAGUUGUGUUAUUUUGAAUGCUUGUUUCAGACGUAUUGACGUAUUGAAAGUUUU